AUAAAUUAAACACGUUUAUAUAGUCAUUGCGCAGCAAACAGAAACCGGUCAGUCUUCCUCGUACGCGGUGCGUGACGAUUGUCUGCACAGUGCUUCGCGCGAUGACUACUACAUAACGAAAUUUUUAUUAAAUUAGAAUAGUAUUUCUUUUUUAUUUUGUAAAUAAAUUAGUUGUGAACAUUGCAAACUUUAUAUUAUAUUAAUUUAUUGACAAAAUGUGCAAUUCAGUGGUAAAAUUGUUAUUUUGUGUGUUCUUAAUUGUGUUAUGUUCUGGACAAAGCAAUGUCCCCCCAGUGCCCCUCAAUACGCCGCCACCGCCUAAUCUCCACAUUGGACUAACGGAGAGGAUCGGUAAUUUCUCAGUGGAACUGUUAUAUCACACGUCGAAGAUACAGAAUCAUACACAGAACCUGAUAGUGUCACCAAUAACUGUGUGGUCGGUGUUGGCCGUCAUAUCUGAGGGUGCUUCGCACACUACAUUAGCACAAAUUCACAAAGCCAUUAGAUUGUCAUUAAAAAAUAGAGAAUCCACAAGAAACCAGUUCCGAAACAUAGCUCAAUACCUAUUAGUGAACACAAAAACAGUGGAAUUAGCCAAGAUCAAUGCGAUCUUUGUAAACAUAGACAAUCUCCCGUUGAUUGACUUUAGAGCUCUAGCGAAGAAUUAUUAUGACACAGACCUGGUGCCAUUGAACUUUACGGAUUCUCAAAAUGCAGCGAACUCUAUUAACCGUGCCAUCUCGAAUGUCACACAUGGACGAAUAAAGGAUUUAGUUGACAGUAGUAUCUUCCGGAAUGCUCCAAUGGUUCUCACAAGUGGCCUGUAUUUCAGAGGUCAGUGGACGUUGCCAUUCAAUGCCUCAUCAACGAUGCGAAUGCCGUUCUUCAACAGUAAAAGUGAAAAGAUUGGUGAAGUGAACAUGAUGUAUAAUCGCAACACAUACCCAUUUGCCAAUAUUCAAGAAUUAAAGGCACGAGUCAUAGAAAUACCGUAUGGUGUGGAGAAUAGGUUAUCAAUGCUUAUCAUGUUACCCCACCCUGGAGUAUCAGUGGAAGAUAUGUUUUUCAACUUCUACAGAGUGACAUUGGACAGAAUCUUUGAGGAAUUGAAAAUUGCUAAAGAAGAAUACGGUGAUGAUGAAGUGGACUGCUUUAUACCACGCUUCAAAAUUGAAUCUAACCUCGACUUGACAGAAAUACUGAAGAAUCAAUUUAAUAUUGUUGAUUUGUUCGAUGAGAACAGAGCACGGUUACCGUUUAUGGCACGUACACCACUGUACGUAUCGAAGAUAAUACAUAAAGCUGAGAUUGAAGUGACAGAAGAGGGAACAACUGCGUCUGGAGUUACGUUAGCAGAGUUCAGUAACCGUAUUGGCACAAUACGUUUUGAAGCGAACCGUCCGUUCACUUAUGUAAUUGUAGAAAAAACUACAAAUACAAUUGUUUUUGGAGGGUUCUAUCAACAGCCAUCAUUAUAUUAACCUGAUACCCUGUAGUUUAUUGCAAAUGGAUGUUAUUCUAAGUCAAAAUGCCACACAAUUAUUGAUCAGAAAGAAUAUAUUAAUAUUGUUGUCAUAAUCCAUUUAAAACAAACUAGUUUUUUCUUUUCUAAGAAAAAAAAAACAUGUUGUUUGUGUAAAAUAUUACUAAUAUUAUAAAUGUCAAAGUUUGUAAAAAAAAUCAUAUAGAUGUUUAUAAGUCAACCACACUUAAAUUUCAAAAAUGAAUUAUGGACUUAGAUGAAAUUUGUUAUACACAUUUAUAUGAGCAAACCUGCAGGAUAUGGCUAGCAAAUUAAUAAAAUUAUCUUGUUAUUAUUGUAUUGAAUAGUGGAUCUAUUACAAGGACUAAACGUGAAUUUAUAAAAGUAUAUAAAAUAAUAAAAAUACUUUUUUUUUUAUUAUUUUAUAUACUUUUAACAACUACUAUAUAUUAUAUAAUUGGAGCCAUGCAAUUUAUAUAGAAAACAGCCAUCUUAUGGAGAUCCUACAAGAGAUAGCUUAACUAAAAUCCACUUAUUUGAUGCAUAAAUAGGUGUAUAAAUUAAAUAAUGUUAUUGAUCCAGGGUCCAGGACCGUAACUUAACCCAAGUUUAAGGUAGGGCAAAAGAACUUUUAGGUGGGGGAGAAUCCAUAAUUAAGAGACUUCGAAAAAGUGAAUCUAUAUUUUUUGAAGCCUUUCAUUUUAAGGUAGGGCAUUGGACCUUUUAAGGUAGGGCAUUGGACCUUUUAAGGUAGGGCAUUGCCCCUCAAUGCCCUCCCUAGCUACGGCCAUGCCAGGGCCCGAUCUAAUUAUUUUGCCGCCUCGGGCAAUGAAUAACUGUUUUAACUUACAUUCAUUUUGUCGUUUUAGGCAUUUAUCCAGCUGGCCUCGCCCUUGAUUGUGCCCUGUGUUUUAUAAGAGAUUUUAAUUAACACGUUGGUUAGUUAAAUUGUGAUAAUUUACCUAAAUUAUUAUAUUUCGAAGUUUACACCGGCCGUGGUCACUAGUAGACCUAUGUUUGUUAAUUGAAUUAAAUAUGAAUAAAAAAUCUUUGUUGUAAAAAGUAAAAUGUCGCUCAUUUGAUGUAAUAUAACUGGCACAUUAUUUAGUGUACUAGUAAACUCUUAGGUAGGUAUACAGAGGCGGAUUUAGGGUCUUAACAAUUAUGAGUUUUUGUGUAUUAUACAUCGGCUUUUGAAGUGUCUAUUAAGUAAGGAUCCAGGAAUAAUUGAGUAGAAAUAUUAUUGAUAUUAGAUUAAAUAUGUAUUUUACCAUGAUAUAAAAUGUUUGUAGCAUUUUUUGACAGCCCUACCAACCUGUAUGCUGGUUGUAAGGUAAAAGCCCUGUUGGGUACAUAAUAUAUAAACAGGGUACGUUUUAUUUGUUACAGCACUGAAAAAAGAAAGUACUCUUAUAAGAAUGUUACUUUUACCUUUGUACUUUCUAUUUAUUGUUACGGUAUAUAUGUAUUUAGUUAUAUCAUAGAUUUUUACACUAUUUUACAAACAUGAGGCAGCUAUGUUCAAUAUUAUAUUAAGAAUUUGAGCAAAUUAAGUAUACCUACCUAUAUAAAAAUACUAUUAAAUGCCCUUUAUUAUAUCCACGAGGUAUUGAUAUUAUUUAGAAAUAUUAGUAUUUAAUAUAAAAAAAAAUGAAUCUCCAAAUGAGUCGCUCGAAAAACUCGAGACUGGAAGGAUAAGUUUAGUUCUUUUUUUAAAUAUUCGUUGUACUCCCAGGAAUGAUCUUUUAAUGAACAUUUUUUUUUCUUUUUUUCAUUUAAACUGUUCCUAGCUGCCAGUAUCAAUUUUUCUUACAAAUAUUGACGUAAAACUGGUUUUAACAACUCGUCUUAAGAUAUUCACAAAAAACUACUUAAAUAAUGACAAAAUAAGUACGAAACCAAUAGAGUGUACAUUGUUGAUGGCAAAAAUAAUUAAUGGAGAUAUCGCAGACAAAAGUCCAUAUCUCUAAUUUUUUUUGUUACCAACAGCUUUUAGCAAACGGAUAGAGCACUAGAGAGAAUAGCAACAAAACUGGGGCUUUCGUUUAGACUUUAGACCAAUAUGGAAUAAUGUAUUUGUAAUUCUGUACAUAUAUUACUUAUAUAAUUAUAAAAUU